CAAACUAAGGUGUGGCUUUCCUGCAGGUAAAAAAGGACACAGUGCCAUGGUUACUUGACUGACCCUGAAACAGGAUAGACGGCUGCAGAGUAGUACCACCUUAUGCUACAGAGGACAGAACACAAAUGUUUUAAUGUUCUUUGUUGCUUUUUGACAUGACACUCAGGUGAGAGUCACACUGAGCUGAAACUGAACCCUGUCAUGAAUUCUCCAGAGGAGCAGCAGCCUGUAACUUUAUCUUUGCCACGUAUGGAAAGGGAUGAAAGCUCACAUCUCUAGACAGGGCAGCGGCAAAAUGCUGGAAAGCGGACAAAGCCGGGGAACGGCGGAUGGCGGGACACUGGCAGAAAGCAGGAGGUGGUGUAGCUGGUCAAGGCGCAACUGCUUCGUCUGCAUUCUGGCGUUGGCAUCUGUCUUGCUCGUUUACAACACAAACAUAAAGGAAAUGGCGACUAACUGGAGCUCCAACUGGAGGAUGGAAUAUAAUGCAACAAGAAGCUGGAUGCCCUUCAAGAGUCAGAGCCGGAACGCAGCCUCUCCGAACACGACCGCGUCCAGCGCCAGCACCCCCGGAUCCGCGUCUGAUCCGACCCCUGCUGCUGCAACUGCUGCCGGGCUCAAGGCAGAAACCGGUUCUUGGGCAUUUCCACGCACCAAGAAUAGCUCUUCAAUAAACACGAGAGACAAGGAUAAAACCCGCCCUAAUGUGAGUACCUCGGCCGAGACUCAGCAGAUGACACGGACAACCUCCGUGCCCUAUGUGUCUCCGGGACCGUACCUAGUGGAAUACCCCUACGAGUACCGCGUCGUUAUAAACCAGCCCCGGACAUGUGAGCGGCAGAAGCCUUUCCUGGUCCUGAUGGUUCCCGUGGCGCCCCACAACAGGGCUCAUCGCGACAUCAUCCGCAACACCUGGGGAGGUGAAAGUCUGGUACUGGGCAAAGUGGUGAAGCUGUUCUUCCUGCUGGGUCUGCACACUGGGGAGGGAGCGCAGCAGGUCCAGGAGCAGCUGCUGCAGGAGAGCAAGGAGUACCGAGACCUGAUCCAGAGCGAAUUCCUGGACUGCUACAAGAACCUGACCAUCAAGACCAUGGUGAUGCUGGAGUGGCUGGACUCCUUCUGCUCCGGCGCCUCUUAUGCCAUGAAGAUUGAUUCAGACAUGUUUCUAAACGCUCCCAAUCUCAUUACUAUGCUGCUAAAUGCUCCAAAGACAAACUACAUGACCGGACUGGUGACGACAGAAGGUGUAGUUCUGAGAGAUCCGAACACGAAAUGGUACCUACCUGUGGAGGUGUACCCUGAACCGAUGUACCCACAUUACGCCCUGGGUCUGGGCUACGUUUUGUCCUUAGACCUCCCCAAAAAGCUCAUAGAGGCCUCCAGACACGUCAAAGCCGUUUACAUUGAGGAUGUCUAUUUGGGGCUCUGUAUGCAGCACUUGGGCAUCUCCCCCACUAACCCCCCGGACUGGGGUUAUUUUCACGUCUUGCCUGUGCAGUACAGCCGCUGUGCUUACUCCAAGCUAAUAGCCACCACCACUACCGAAAACUCUGAUCGUAUGUGGAUGUGGAAGGACUUCAAGAGGCCGGGCUCGUACUGCUGAUCCGUGGAGGACUCGGUGUAACAGGCUGAAACCCAGGACUGAGUUUCCUCAGCUCCCGUUGCUAAAUUUAGCCGUUUCAGUCACACCGUUUCUCUUUGACCGGAAAACGCCACAGUGCAGCUGAAAACCUGAGCUCGAGAUACAGCAACUGAGCUAAAGCAAGCACAAACUGACAUUUUUUUAAAUCCAGUAUUUUUACACUCAAAGGGUAAAAGUACGUCUCGACUGAAAUUUUUUUUUUUUUCCCCCCCAACUGUGAAUGAAAACGUGACACUGACGUGAGGGAGUUUCUUGGCCUUUGGUUCCGUUACGAAUCCUGUUACGAAUCUGAAGGAGAAAGCUGAACCCGACGGGGCAACACUGAGACUCUCUGCCCGCUGGGGCUGCGAACGCUCCGGGAGGCACCACGAACUCAGCCACACCCUGUCACGGAAGGUUGAGAAACCCUGUUGCGUGCUCUUGAGCUGCUGCAACGCCCGCUUUCCGUCAGAGCGAGGGGUUGAGGAUGAAGUCGUCCCUUCUAGAACUAAACCCUGGUUUCUGUUGGGCAAUGUAGCCGCCACACCCACAGCAGAUAAGGGGAAAACGUUACUGCCUCACAGAAUAUAAUGUUAUUCCAGUGUGUGAACAUGGCGCUGCUCCAUGUCAUUUAUCUCUGCGGUUUCGUUGGGGGG